AUGUCCAAAAAAAACCCAAAAAAAAUGUCAAGCAUUGCCACAACUGUGCAUCUUGUGGAUUUCCAUCCAACACUCACAUGCAAUCACCUUCAUCUCUUCCGACAAUUCAUGAUGCAAACUCAAUCACGCAAAAGUACUUUCCUCCGACUUCGAACAGAUGCAUUAUUACUGGGUGGUUAUCAUUUACGCACUCUCCGUAUAUUGUUGAGUCAAGUAGAAGAUGAGUUUCGAAAAGAGUUAUUGGAUGAUGAACAAGUCAUGUCAAAAUAUGUUGAUUUUGAUGGUAGAUUGUAUUUUUGGGCAAGUGAUAGAUUGAAAGAUGAUUUUAAUUUCAUUAAGAGAGCUGUUCAACAGAAUGGAAUGUUAAUAUUAAGCAUUAAUGAAGGACAUUUAUCAAGAGAUUUGAUGAUGACAGCAGUUCAAGAGGAUGGUUUGGCAAUUAAAGCUGGUUUUGAUUCAGAUUUGGAAAUUUGUAGACAAGCUGUCAAAAGCAAUGGACUGGCAUUUGAUUAUAUAAGCGGAGACAUGGUAAAUAAUGAGAUUGCUAACUUGGCUUUUGAUGAUAAUCCAUUUGAUGACCGUUGUUCUUACCUAAUUACAGAUGAACAUGUUCGAAAUAAGGUGGCUCUCCAUUGUGGAAUUUUGACAAAUGACGUUGGGUCAAAUUUUAGAAAGGAAAUAAUUGAAGAGGUUUUAAAAAUUAGUCCAUUCUCCCAACAUUAUUUAUACCAGUUUAAUAAUCUGUCUGAGGAUGAAAUAUUUGAUUUGACUAAAAUAGCCAUUCAAUAUGCUGGUGAUGUGGACGAAAUAAUUCGUCUCGACGAUUUCACAAUCGAACAAUGUGAAGAAUUGGUAAAAUAUGAAGGAAAUAUUCUUGGUUUAAUUGAGGAUGAAGAUCAAACAAGAGAAAUGAUUCAAAGUGCUGUGAGAAAUUGUGGAACAUCUCUGAAUUUUGCCAAUAAGGAACUUGUUGAUGAUGAAAUUAUACUGGAUGCAAUCAAACAAGAUCCACAAGCUAUUCAAUUCACUAAAUAUGAUAGUAAUUUCAUAUUGGAUCGUGUGAGAGAGAAUGGAGAGGUUCUGGCUCAUAUUCAUGAAGAGCAACAAUUUGGAGAGGACAGAGAAAUAGUAUUGGCUGCUGUGAGUAAUUAUGGAAUGGCACUGGGGUAUGCCUCUGGAGAAUUACAAGAUGAUGAGGAAAUUGUAAUGGCAGCAGUUUCAAAUUGUGGAGUGGCUUUGGAAUUUGCCGAUAAUCGAUUGAGAGGUAGACCAGAUUUUGUUCUCAAGGCAGUUUCUGAGAAUGGUCUUGCAUUAGAAUUUGCCCUUAUUCAAAACGAGGAAAUUGUAACAACUGCUCUCAAUCAAUGCGUAUUUGCCUUCUCUUUUGUUGAGCCACAAUGGGUUACUAAGGAAAUUGCUAUUAUGGCAAUUAAAAGAUGCCCUUAUUUGUUCAAAGAGGAAAAUAUGCUCCACGUUCGUGAUAGAGAGGUGACACUUUGUGCAGUAGCAGGUUUUGGAGGAAAUUUGCAAUUUGCAGCAGAUGAAUUCAAGUCUGAUUCAGAAGUUGUAAUGAUUGCUGUGUCAAAUUGUGGAUCGACACUGAGUGAGGCAGAUGAAGAUUUGCAGGAUGAUUACGAAAUAGUCAAGGCAGCUAUAAUGAACAAUCCAUCAAGUCUGGAUUUUGCAUCCGAUAGACUCAAAUUAGAUUGGUCACUCCUCAGACUUUAUAAAGAAUUGCAAGAUGCUGACCUUUUCAUUCUCAAUUCAUGGGAAGAUGAGUUUGGCUCCACUUUGAAACGAUACAGAGAGGAGGAAGAUGACUUGUUAGAAGGAAGAUGA